GAGGGGAAGAGGCGACAUACGAGUCUAUAAAAAUGUAGAGAGGGUUGGAGAGGGUGAGAUUUAAAAAAAAUCUGCCACAGCUCCAUCCAUCGCUGCACCUCUCCGGCUCGCAGGCAGGCUCCCUAAAAAUAUAAUUAAAACGAAAUUAAAAAAAAAAAAAAAACAGGAUUACCACCACGAAGAUGGACGUGGGCAAGGAGACGACUCCGUCUGAGAAACUGGUGCUGGAAUUUAUCGAGGACACGGCUCUGACGGAGAUGAUGCGUCGUCGUGUGUCCUCCCUGCAGAAAACAGGACAGAAGCGUCAGGACGGCGAGCGCCUGCUCCUCCCGUAUGAAGCGGUCUACCGUCUGGACUUCUCCAUCCAGGAGCUGAACUUCUCCAGGUGGUACUUCUCGCUUUCGGGCCACGGCCGCGUCACCGUCACCGGUAUUUCCCAGCACUGGACCCCCGACCUCACCAACCUGAUGACCCGCCAGCUUCUGGAGCCCAUCGGGACAUUUUGGCGAAACGCCGCAGACCCGAUUGACUCGCCGCUGAAAUGCCUGGAGGCAGACAUGCAGGAGUUCGGGGAAAGGAUUGCGGAGCUGGCCAAAGUGAGGAAGGUCAUGUACUUCCUGCUCGCUUUCAAAGAGGGAGCAGAGGCAGCAAACCUCAGCUGCUCGAUUGAGUUCAUCCCAGAGAAAUGACCUUCAACUCUCAGCCAGUAGAAUCCUCUUCAAAACACUAGAGAAGCAUUUAAAUGUUUUGUUUUCAGAUUAAAUAUUCUCCUCACAUAGACUUUGGUUCACUUCCAUGUUUUAGUGCAAACGACUCAAAUUUACUACAGGUCAGUUUUAAAGUCCCAAGAAAUCAAAAUACGCAAGUUAAAGUCCAACGUCCGCCGUUCUCUACGGUCUCUUUUUCAUCGCAGCCUCUUCUGUUGGAGAAGGGUCGGACUCUGCAGCUCGGUGGCUCCAUCCUCCACCUCAAACAGAAGCUGCAGCUUCAUGUUCAAAAAUCACCUCGUUGUUUUAACUCGAACACACUAAAAAUGACUAAACUAAACAAACUACACCCCAACUAUAACAUUUAAACGUGCUAAAUAUCACAAAUUACCUGCACCCACUCCCGCUGUGUCUCUAUC